UGCCACAGGACUUGCACAGAGAGCACUGGAAGAGGCCACGAAGUAUGCUUUGGAGAGAAAGACUUUUGGCAAGUUUAUUGCUGAGCACCAGGCAGUGUCAUUCCUUCUGGCUGAAAUGGCCAUGAAAGUGGAGCUUGCCAGGAUGGCCUAUCAGAGAGCAGCUUGGGAAGUGGAUCAGGGCCGCAGGAACACCUACUAUGCCUCGAUUGCCAAGGCCUUUGCUGGAGACAUUGCAAACCAGUGUGCCACUGAUGCUGUCCAGAUCUUUGGUGGGAAUGGUUUCAAUAGUGAAUAUCCUGUGGAGAAGCUGAUGAGAGACGCUAAGAUUUACCAGGUAGGGAUUGUAGACCCAACCUUGUUUAUUUGA